AUGGGAGCUUCAUGCACGUGCUAUGCUACAGUUUCACCAGUUGUCAUGGAAACUAAAACAGUGAUUAAGGAGGGAUCUCCAGAAAUAGAGGAACAAACAACAAAGGUUCAGCCACGAAAAACCUCAAGGUUCAAGCGCCGGAGCGAGCUGUCUGUGACGUCAGACGAGAACCCCCACCAGGUGUAUCUGAUUCACCUGUCCGCUGUCCUCCUUAACCCCCGGGACUGUCCCCAGCUGGUGGACUUCAUUCUGGACAAACCCGUCAUCAUGGUAGAGAUAGGCGUAGUGGUGGAUAAGGCAGCAAAGUCUCGUGGACCACGAAAAGUUAUCAUGGAUCCGGAAAUUGACUGGGACGGCUUGGAUAUUACACAACAAGUACCUCGGCGAGUUUCUCUAUCUGAUGGCACAGCCCGGGUCUACGGUGUGCUCUCUAGGUCCUUCAACUGCCAGAUAGAAAACGAAAAGGUCACGCUUAACGCACUUCUGCUGGGUCAAAAAAAGAUAUCGCUGACGACAGAUAUCCAGGAUGACAAAGAAUACUCCCUGCGUGACGUCACAGACAUGUUUAAAUGCUUCAUGGCGGAAAAUACUGGAAGUUCAAAAAAAAGUUCAACAAUUAGGAAAGUGUCGAUUACUGGAGAAGUCUGGAAUUCGAGCGAAGAACAAGCUUCGAAAGAUCCCGACACCGAUUCCAGAAGCUCGCGCCUCAUAUCCGCUUACCUAGCAGACGAUGGCUACAAGGGGGGAAAGGAAAGAAAAGAAAUUGUCAGGAAAUUAUCGUUUGAAGAAAAAGUUCUUAAAUAUUCAGAUAAAGAA